CAGACGCGGUAAGGCCAAGAGAGAGAGAGAGAGAGGAAUCCUUCAUCAAACGGAAGAGGACGCAACACGGCAACACGCAGCGGUACUCCACUGCCUGGAGCAAACAUGCCAGGGACAAACCGCGACUUUAAGGUGACUGUAAACAAAGGACAACACGCCUCCUGGAGCCGUCCGUUGUAAUUGAAUUAGAGGAGCCGAAUAUGGAUAUGUUUGUUUCCCCUCGUGGGAUUUCUAGUCAGAAGGGAACGGACGCGACGGGAAGGGAGGGCAAAUAAUUAUUCUGCACUCCCAACUCCACGAGUUUACAGCCUGCGCUGCCUAACUAGGAGGAUUAUGGCCUUGGGAAAACUUUCGUUUCACUGGAUACAUAAGGGAACAUAUUGCUGACAUUUUGCGUCAUUUUUGACAUUUUAAAUCCAAUACCUACAGGUCGACUAGGAUUCGAAUCGUUUAUAUUGGAUAUUCAUAUCAUCAAAUCACCAGGGCUCUUUCCCCCCCCACAAAAUGUACCUGUUAAAAUGAAUAUGUAAGUUGUGUUAUACUUGCAAGGAUACAUUUUGCAUCAGCACUCAUGUCGUGUUGUAUUAUCAGUGCGAUAUCACCGCAAUACUUUUGUGGCAAGUCUCUCUUGCAGCCUUAAGUGCGAAAGUGCCACUUAAUUGUAGGAGAGGGGAAUGUAGCCUAGAUUUCAGUUGCACAUUUUCGAACUACGCCAAUUUGAUUAAAAAACGCAACUAGACAUCUAGUAAAUAGUCUUCAUAUUUACCCUCUGAAACCACAGGGAAAGCAUCGGCGGGUAUCCGGAAUGGGAGUUCAGGAAAGGACGGGGCUCCUCUGUGGGAAUAGGCCCGCUUCUUGAACUAGGCUGUAGUGGCUAACGGGCUCUGGUGAAUUGCGUGGCCAGGAAAGACAGCCAUAAUGCCUUACUGUUGCUCUUUUAUUUAAGUCAGGGUAUUUUGCCCAUAUCGGAGCUUUUCCUUACCCGCGCGUUCCCUUUUAGAGUGUGGGAAUAAGGAAUCUCGGGGCAUUACUAUUACCCUGCAUUAUCAGCGAGAAUUGCCAUUGUAAAUUGAUUGCUAUUUUAAGGAAACUGUUGCUUGUACCCUACGUGAGUAUUUGCUCUCUUUAGUCUAUUAAGAACUUCGAGAUUUUCGAUUUCCGUCUAGACUAAUAAAACGUGUCACAGCGAAUCAGUAGCACAUACAAAGGCCACAAUAUCUAGACGAAAUAAGAAUUCGAAAUCUUGAGUCUGGAAAAUAUGAACUGUGGACACAUUGUAUUGUCGGGUGAAUGUAACGACGAAUGGAAGGUAAAUUUGUCUGUGGUUGCUGACCAAUACUGGAGAGCGUUUUGGGGGGACAAGGAAAGGCUGUCAAGCGCACGGGCGUCAAAACACUUUGAGCAAAAUCAGCACAGAUGAUUCUCGACAUAUAUGGAUUACUGGACAUGAGAAUAGCCCUUUGCCGUAUUUGAUGUUUGAAUGUCAAAUAGGAUGCUAUGCUCUCCAUGAGACGAAGAAGUGAAAUGACCAAAGCCGGGGGAUUGCUGCCAACCGAGCUAACACUGAACUGUUCAAGGGCUCCAAAACAGUAGAACAUAAUGGUGGAAUCCAAAUACUGACGUAGUAUAACGGAUAAUGAACUCCUCAAGAGUCUGACACGGUCCGUCUCAAGUACGAGUAGCCUUCCCCGUGUGCGUAAAAAGACGUAAUUUCUGCAGACCCACCGGAUUAAAAUAGAGUAGGUUUGUUUGACAUUCGUGCCCGUUUACUAUCAUUCGAUUUAUCCUCUCUGUCGUCACGCACAUUAUUAGCUAUGUGAUAACGGUAAAUAUCUGAUCACCACCAGCUGUCAUUGUUUAGAUUUUUUCCCUCACUUUACGACAAACAACAUGGCCUCUCCGCAGCACCAGCAGCUGCUCCGGCACAACACCGAGGUGAGCUGCGAGUCCAGCGGUGAUGGCAGUGUGGCGGUGCGCAUUAGCGGCAACAGUCCGCUCAAGCAGCAGCAGCAUGGCCACGACACGUCCGUUAAGCAAUUGUCCACCGGCACUGGCAAAACCGGAGGCUCAAAACCGUGCAAGAACAGCAUCUCCUCCAGCGACAGCUCAGGUGAAUCCGGUAUGCCCAGGGCUAUCAUGACAAGUCUUCGCAGCCACAGGAAAGUACCUCAGCUGUUCGAGCGGUCGGCGGCACAGUGCUGGGACCCCAAAUUCGACUCGGCCAUCUUGGAGGAGGCGUGCCGGGAGCGGUGUUUCCCGCAGGCCCAGCGCCGGUUCCGCUACGUGCUGUUCUACCUGGCCACUGCCGCCGUCCUGUGGUGCGUCUAUUUCGGGGUCAACGCUCGCCGCUGCGACCCUGCCUCCUUCCUGGUUCCCGCGGCCUCCUUUCUGCUCUUUUGCCUCCUGCUCUUUCUGUUCACCUUCACCAGACCUUACACGCUCCUCUAUAACCAGGCCUCCCUGCUCCUCAUCACGGUGACCUUUGGCAUCACGCUGGCCCUGCAGCUGCAGACCUCGGACUUUGCCAGCCUCCGGAGGCUGACGGAGAGGAACGUAACCGGAGGAGACUCCUCGGCCGCCGCCGCCGCUGCUGCGUCCUCCUCCCCGCUGCCUCCUCCCUGCGUCUCCACCGUGGGCACCUUCUCCCUGGGGAUGGAGGUGCUGCUGCUGCUCUACAGCAUGCUCCACCUGCGCCUCUACGCCUCCGUGUUGCUGGGCCUCCUCUACUCCGUGCUGUUCGAGGCCCUGGGCUGGCUGCACCUGGCGCCGCCAAGCGGCGACGAGCUGGGGGACGAGGGGCUACUGCGGGCCGAGGCGCUGGAGAACCUCUGGUGGCUGGUGCCGGCCAAGGUCCUGCUGCACCUGUGCGCCCACCUGAUCGGCAUCCACCUGUUCAUCAUGUCGGAGGUGCGCUCGCGGAGCACCUUCCUCAAGGUGGGCCAGGCCAUCAUGCACGGCAAGGACCUGGAGGUGGAGAAGGCGCUCAAGGAGCGCAUGAUCCACUCGGUGAUGCCGCGGCGCGUGGCCGACGAGCUCAUGAAGCAGGGCGACGAGGAGAGCGAGAGCUCCGGCAAGCGCUACUCGUCCGGCAACGCCGGCGGCGCGGGCAGCGGCGGCGGAGGAGGCCCCGGCGGCUCGUCGUCGUCCGGCGCGGGCGGCGCCACCUCGUCUAGCCCCAAGAGCCACAAGCGCAAGAAGACGUCCAUCCCGCGCAGCCAGUUCAUCUUCCGGCCGUUCAACAUGAAGCGCAUGGAGCCCGUGAGCAUCCUGUUCGCCGACAUCGUGGGCUUCACGCGCAUGAGCGCCAACAAGUCGGCGCCGGCGCUCGUGGGCCUCCUCAACGACCUGUUCGGACGCUUCGACCGGCUGUGCGAGCUGACGCGCUGCGAGAAGAUCAGCACGCUGGGCGACUGCUACUACUGCGUGGCCGGCUGCCCGGAGCCCCAGCCUGACCACGCCUACUGCUGCGUGGAGAUGGGCCUGGGCAUGAUCACGGCCAUCGAGCAGUUCUGCCAGGAGACCAAGGAGACGGUGGACAUGCGCGUGGGCGUCCACACGGGCACGGUGCUCUGCGGCAUCCUGGGCAUGGAACGCUUCAAGUUCGACGUCUGGUCCAACGACGUCAACCUGGCCAACCUCAUGGAGCAGCUGGGCGUGGCCGGCAAGGUGCACCUGUCCGAGGCCACGGCCGGCUUCCUCGACGACCGCUACGAGCAGGAGGACGGCAGGGUGACGGCGCGCAUGGGACAGAACUUUGUGGCCGAGCAGCUGAAAGGGAUGAGGACCUACCUGAUCUCGGGGAGGAAGUCAGACCCGUCUCAGGCCCUGUUGAGCCCCUCGCCCAGAGCUCACACCCCUGACCCCGCCGCCACCGGCCCUGCGGCCGCCGCCGCCACCACCACCACCACCGCCGCCGCCGAGCCGCGCUCGCAUUCCCCCACGAAUCAAUUCACUGGUUCACCACGCGUGCCAGAUGCAUGCAUCACUGCAAACACCGUCCACAACACCAUCGUUCACGGCGCCUGCCUCUUUAACCAACCUAGCGGUCAACCACUGAGGUGCCUGAGGGAAUAUGAAGCUGUUAAUGGUGGAGAAGGGAGGAGAGAGACUGUUCUUGACCAGCCUGCUUGCCUGCAUGUUCGCUCUCACACCCUUACUCCUCCACACAGCCUGUUACACACUCUCAUAAUGAGCACCAUCUCCCCUCCAUCCCUGUCUUUCACCUUCAUCUGUCUCGUGUGUGUGUGUGUGUGUGUGUGUGUGUGUGUGCCGACGCUACAUUGUGGUGGUGACCCCCAGGGGCAGCAGACGGGGGCUGAGGGGGCCACACAGAACGGCGGUCAGGAGGAGCACAGGCCCAACAGCAGCAAGUUCCCAGCAGGCCGCAGCCCCAAGGCCCUGAAUGGCCUCCUGGGCCCCCUGACUGAGGAGGCAGUGACGGCCAGCCAGACCUCCCUGUGCGAGAUGCUCCAGGAGAAGGACAAGAAGUGGAGAGGAGGAGGGAGAGGGAUGGGAGGCAUGGACCACUCUGCACUGAUCCCACUGCGCUCCAAGAACUUUCGGGAGAGGAGCGACGUGCACUUUGUGGAUGUCAUCAAGGAGGACAGUUUGAUGAAAGACUACUUCUUCAAGCCCCCCAUCAACAAAGUCAGCCUUAAUUUCCUGGAGUCCUCCCUGGAGUCAGCUUAUAGGAGCAGCUACCAGGAAGAGGUGGAGACCCACGCUCCAGCGCAGACCUUUGCCAGCCCGACCUUCAGCUCCUUCUUGGACGUGCUGCUAUCCUGCGCUGUUUUCCUGGCCCUCACACUGGCCUGCUUCCUGUACCCGCUGGUCACUGCCAAGACGCCCCCGGCCACCACUCUUGGCAUGGCUGCUAGCGCCGCCCUGCUGGAGAUCAUCUCCCUGGUGCUGUCCAUCCGUAUGACGUUCUACCUGGACAACGUUCUGAGCUGCACACAGCAGUUCCUGCGCGUGGUGUCGGGCUGGGUUCCGCGACACAUCAUCGGGGCACUGCUCGUCUCGCUGCCUGCCAUGUCGGUGUUCUCCCACCUCACCUACUGCCUCCACCUGCCCAAGGAGGUCAUCAUGCUAUUGUGUUGCGCCAUCAUCAUCGCUAUCAUCCAGUACUGCAACUUCUGCCAACUCAGCUUCUGGAUGCGGUCGGCCUUGGCAACAGCAGCUGGGGUGGCCCUGCUGGCUCUGCUCUACAGCCCCCUCAGCAGGCCAAGUGCUAACGACAUCUAUCUUGAUAUGAGAAACGUCAGCAGAAACAUCAGUGUCUUAGAUUUCCAGCCUUCCCCGACCCCAGUCAGUGACCUGGGUACCCAGAAGGGAAUCCUGCAGUCUCUGGUUCCAGAGGCCAUCCUGGCCUUCUUCCUGCUUUUGCUGCUGGUGUGGUUCUUAAACCGGGAGUUUGAGGUGAGCUACCGUCUUCAUUAUCACGGCAAUGUGGAGGCAGACAAGCACCGUAUCAAGAUCCAGAACAUGCGCAACCAGGCCGACCUGCUGCUGCGCAACAUCAUCCCCAUCCAUGUGGCAGAGCAGCUGAAGGUCACCCAGAGUUACUCCAAGAACCACGACAAUGUCGGCGUCAUCUUUGGCAGCAUUGUCAACUUCAGUGAGUUCUACGAGGAGAGCUACGAGGGCGGCAAAGAGUGCUACCGCGUGUUAAACGAGCUGAUUGGUGACUUUGAUGAGCUCCUGCGUCGGCCGGUUUUCGCCAGCGUUGAGAAGAUCAAGACCAUUGGCGCCACUUACAUGGCUGCGUCAGGACUCAAUGGUCUGCCCUCUACCCAUGCCACUCCCCACCACCUGCGGGCGCUGUUUGACUUCGCCCUGGAGAUGAUGCACGUGGUGGACGACUUCAACAAGAACAUGUUGGGCUUCAAAUUCAAACUGCGCAUCGGUUUCAACCACGGGCCGCUCACCGCCGGCGUCAUCGGUACCACCAAGCUGCUCUACGACAUCUGGGGCGACACGGUAAACAUCGCCAGCCGCAUGGACACCACGGGCAUGGAGUCCCGGGUUCAGGUGAGCGAGGAGAGCCACUGCGUGCUCCGAAGCCUGGGUUACUCCUUCGACUACCGCGGCACAGUCAAUGUUAAGGGCAAGGGGCAGAUGAGGACCUACCUCUUUCCAAAACUGGGGGAUGGAAGUGGUGACAGUGGUGGAGGACCUGGAGGAGGAGGAGGCGGUGGUGGCAGCGGUGGUGGAAGUGGCAGCGGCAUUCUGUCACAUCACCGGUUGCCUGUCACAGAGAUCCACGCAAAGGCUGAAGGAGAUGUAAGGCAGCCCACAGUGGGGGAGACUUCCAGUAAAGUGCCCAGUGUUGGUGGCCCAUCCCACUCUUCCCCUUCCCCUGCGGUGUUGGCCACUCAGGCCACCGCUCCACUCUGCUGCUCAUCAACACCGUCAUCAUCAACGUCAUCCUCUGCCAUGCAGGGUGCCCUUGGAGUGCCUCUGGGACCAAUCUUAGGCCCGUCUGAUAUAGCUAGGGAGACAACCAAGGACAACAAAAAUGCGCUUACAACCCCUAAACUUGCUGGGGGGGAUAUUAGCAGAGACCCAUGUGCUUCUUCAGUGCCUAGUUUCGCCAAUGUUCCCUCACAGCACUCAAUAGAACAACAUUUUCCUUCUUCGUGUCUGAAGGGGCCAUAUAGACAAAGGGAUGAAGAGGAGGAGGAUGAGGAGGCAAAUGAACAUACAAAACUCAGAGCUAAGGAGUGCUUAUGACUGGACCUCCAGCUCUUGCCAUGAUUGCUCUUCACCCCAUGCCUCCAAUGGAGUGACUUAAUUUUUCUGACUAAUGGAAGUGUUAGAAUGCAUUGUGGGAAUUGUAGUUUUUCCCCCCUCCCACUGCAAAAGGCCGCUUGGCCAAAUACAGAUAAAACUGCAUUUGUUCCACAGACAUGCCCAUUCCCUCUCUGUUAGACUUGUGUGGCCUUGCAUAGUUUUAUAUCUUGCUUACAUUUUGACAAGUGUCAGAGGCAUAAUAAGGGAAUGUGUGUCUGUGUGUGUGUAUGUGAGUGUAUGUGUGUGUGUGUGUGUGUGUGUGUGUGUGUGUGUGUGUGUGUGUCUGUGUGUGUGAAUGACUGCAUGGGUGUAUUGUGGAGCAGUAGAACUGAUGGUAUUUGCUGUGUGGAUCACAGUACGGCACAACACAGUUGGGAAGGGGAGAAGAAAGUCUUGGGUGCAGGGAGGCUCCAUUUUUUAAUAGAUGUUGUUAUUGUUGUUGUUGUGUUCCUCUUCUUUUCUUGAGUUGAUCAAGUGCCUUCAGGAUAGAUCAAUCUGCGAACAAUGUCACACAAAAAGCAAAGAACUGAACAAAGCUUAAUCAGUUGAAUCAACAAUCUUUGCAUGGCUUUUUUUUUUUUUUUUUCAAAAACAAAAACUUAGAUGACGGAUAAUGCUGUGGUUGAUACAACUUUUUUUCCCUUCUGAUUUCGUAUUGAAUUUUUUUUCUUUGCCACAUGAUAUGUUUUGUUUGGAAUUUUUGAGUAUUUGUCAUUCAGUGACUUUUUAUGAAAUCAAACAAUGAAAAGUGCCAGUCAAGGACAAAAUGUUCAAAAAAGGGAAUUUAUUUGCUGAAUAAGGGAGUUUACUAGCCAUAAUGUUACACUGCAGCAGAGCUUGAUAGGAAGCAUGCCAUGAAAGGCGUUCAGUCUAGAAAUUACACCUGUUUUUCAUCAAAAAUGGACAAAGAUAUCUCCUGAAAACUAAGCAAAGCAAACCAAUUAAAUACCCCUCUCUCUCUUUAGUAAUGCGUGAGUGAAGGCUUUAAAUGUGAGAGAAGUUGAGGCAAUGCUGUAUAUGGAUUUGAAAUAUUAGGUAAUAUGGAGAACUCAGCCAUACUUUAGGCAAACAAGUCAUCAGUCAUAAGGGUCAUCAGAGAUGCUCCUGAUUGGUUGAUUAGGGUGCGGUGUCUUAUCUUACCUCCCAACAUGGGGCUCUUGGAGACCCCAACUCUCACUAACCCAGAGGGAUGUUGGGAUAUGAGUUACCCACAGUUACACAACUGUGGCUGAUGUAGCCUACUCCUUCUCCUUACUUCUAACACUUGACACCUUGAAGUACAAAGGCUCGUUUCUUCAAGGGGAAUUUAAAUUGGGAAAGUAGAAUUGAAUUUCCCUUCAAAUAUUGAAUUAGAGAUAAGGGAAAUUCUUACAAAUGUCAUGGCUCUGUGAGAAUGCUCUUCAGAUAUUUUUGCCAUCGGACCUAACAAUAUUGACUAACAUUUUGACAACUUCAUAAUUUUUGCAGCAAAACUGAACAUGCCUUCCAACCAAGUGUUGGUUUCUUUAUUGUGGUAUCAAAACUUGUGGAACCACAGACAGUUCAUUUAUAUUUAGCUGAAACUAAGUGUAAUUUAAACUUUUAUGGAAAAACAGGGUGUAACUAGAAAGAUGAAGAUGAAGAUAGAUUUGCUCUGCUUCAGUGCGCAUUAAUGGGAGACACUCAAGGCUGAACUGAUUCAUGGACUGAUGGACUGAUGGAAUCAAACGUGUCUCUUAAUACAGUGUAUAUGAAAAAAAGAAGAUUUUAUUAAGAUCUAUAAGACUUUAUUAAGGUAUUUGUGAGGGCUGACUUCUGCGAUGCCUGCAUAAGCAACAGUGUUUUCCAAAGGAUUAGGCUGACUCGUCUCAGACAUAGCCCAGUGGACGUGACUGCAUGCAAUAUUUAGCUAUGAUAUCCACAUUUGGGAGGUGGGAGAGGCGACCCAGCUGUAUUCAUAAACUGAAAUUGCCACUUUUAAGUGAGGAAUAAAACAUGGGGUGCAAUGUUUUUUUUUUUUUUUUUCAAAAUGUGUGUCUGAUGGAUUUUUUUUUUCUGGUGCCUAAAAAUGUUGCUGAAUUGUAUUUUAUUUUAUUUUAUUUUUUGGAGGGGAGAGGGGUUAAAGAAGUGAACAUGAUUAUGAUGAUUGAUGAUGACAAUAAUUAUGGGUUUUAUGAAAAUGAUGUCCUGAUAACUCUAAUACAUCCUGUUCUUAGUGUCUCCCUCUCCAUGACUACCACUGCAAUAACUCUCUCUGCUUAGCUCCCUGUCCAACUAUUUUACUCAUCUGAUGAGAAUGCUCUUAAUCACCAAAUGAUAUGCUUCACCCCUCAGUGUCUGUCUCGAUGCUUUUUCAACAAUAUGCACAUCUCUCUUCAGCAGCUCUAGGACAGCUGAUUUCUUCUCUCAUAUCAAAUAUUAAUAAUAAUCAUAUCAUAAUUCCCAGCAGUCAUCAGAAAUCAAUCCAGAGACAUGGAUUGAGGCCUCUUGACCGUAAGAGCAGAUUCAGUUAUGGUGGUCUUUGUGGGUGGUUGUGCCAAUGCCAAUAACUGAGCCUUUAAUGAGUGUUUUGAAUUUGCCUUUUUCAUUUUCUUGUCCUUUCAAAAGAAGGUUGAAAUCUUUUUCUUUUGUUUACAGAUAAUUAACAUAAGCACCUAACCAAGCCAGUGCCUUUUUGUUGCCUCUUCAUCUAUCACAUAGUUAUUCAUGUUUUGAUAUCAGUUAUUGAGUUGUUUGAAUAUCAUCAAAAUGCAUGUACUUACAGUUUUUUUUUAUUUGUUCUUGCAAUAAUUUGUAAUUUGUCAAUUAAUAACUUUAUUUUUUUUUUCCAUGUAUAUUCUUUCCCACUUUUGGAAAUAGAAAAUCUGAGCACUGUGUAUCUUUAUAUGGAAAAUAUUGGGAUAAAGAGAAGACAUUUAUUUUUCAUCUUAUUUUGCCUAAGAUAUGACUGGUUUGGCUGUGCAUUUUCCAUCAGUCUUGGUGCGACCAUAUCUAGAUGGAGAGAACAAAACGACUUGCUCCUGUGUGCACAUCAAUACUUAACAUGUCACUGUCACUCCAAUAGCAAAACACAACCUGCGAUCAUAGUAUUUAACACCAAUUACCUUUACGUUUGUGUAAUGGCCCUUUUGUAGUGAAUGACAAUGUGUAUUUAUUUGUGACCUGGUUUGGAGGGGGUACAUGUAUAAUGCUGAAGCCUGUAUUUUUUUUCCAAGGACAUAUUUCUGAAAAGGGAAUUGCAGGAAUUGCAAUGCAAGGAUGUUAUACUGUGGGGUUAUGGGCAAGCCACCCUGAUCACACGCCUGCAGCUGCCUCAAUCCAGAAAUAAAAAGGGAAUUUCAGUCCACGUCAGUGUGCCUCAGAGUCUGUGCUCUCUCACUCUCUCUCUCUCUCUCUCUCGGGCCACAGAGGGGAAAGAGAAGAGUGAGUGAGUCGGAGGAAGUCACUGCGUAUGAAUGAAGCCAUGCAGUCUUAGAAUGUUAGUUUACUCAUUUGAUUGUGUGUGUCUGUCUGUCUGUCUGUGUGUUUGUGUGAGGAAAUAACCAUAUAGACACAUUCACCAGCAUACAGGAUAUCCAGCCACCCAAGUUAUUGUUUUCCAGGUUUAUUAGGGGAAAUAAAUAUAUUGGGGGAAGCACUGUGUUCAAAUUAACACAGAUUUACCAAUAAUUUUAUGAUGCUCCUUUUGGCAGCAAAAUAAAUAUGCAGGGACAUUCAAGUUUUCCCAAAACAACAUAAAUGAGUCUAUGUCCAAGGAGUUUUCAAGCCUCAUGUCUGUAUAGUGUCAUUAGCUAACACACUUAAACAGUUGCAAAAUGCAGUAAUUAGUGUAAUUUGUAAUUAAACUCACCAUGUUUAUACAUUUAUAUUGUAUAAUAGAUGGUUACUUGUAUUUAUGUAUUUGCAUCUCCCAGAUAUUCCACAGGAAACAUCCAAAUGUUUCUGAUGUGCCACAUGUGAGCAAGUCUGUGCAAGGCUGUCUGCUUCGAGGAUUCAUCAGAUGAAAUGAAUGCAGAAAUCAACAGAAUGCACAUUCUCACACACAUCUAUAGGUCUACCUGCUUCAUGAUGGCAGCAAUGUCUCUGCUGUGUUUUAAGAAUCUUCAAUGCCACCUCACUGGAAAGCUUCUGAGUAGCCUGUCCUCUUUAGAGACUUUGCAGACUGAUACACUCUCAAAAACAAUGCACAACACUUUUGCAGUAGUUUUGAAAAUGUAAUUGUCUUUUCCUUUACAGCCUUUUGUUUGUUUUUGGAGCAUUAUAGUCUUAACAGCUCAAAACCAAGUUCAGUUUAUUUUUUUUACAAAUUGCAAUAACCUAGGACUAAGGAUCUAAGGACCUAGGAUAUCACAGUGCAAGGCCUAAGGCAUUUAACCUUUUCCACUCUAAUUGGUUGAUAUGGACAGUGCUUGGAAUGUGGCAAAUUAAGCUAAAAUCCCAAACUAGAAGUGAAUGUAUGAAUUACUGAUGGCUCCCCAGUCUUGUACAGGCAUUACUGACUGUCCACACCCUCAGGAAGUAUGGUGUAUUAUUUGUUUCAUUAUUAUUAUCUCAAAUUGUAUUGAUAUUUACAAUUAAAACAGCAAACCUCUUA